AUGGCCUCAAUAAGCUUACUUGAAGCCUCCAUAACAAUCCUUUGCUUUCUUAUUUUCCACCACUUGCUCUUCAAGAAACCUCACGACCGGUACCUUCGAAACUGGCCGGUUCUCGGGAUGCUUCCUGGUCUCCUCUCGGUCGUCCAUCGCAUCUACGACUUUAGCGUGGAAGUUCUUGAAAAAAUCGACUUAACAUUUCCAUUCAAGGGACCCUGGUUCGUUGGAAUGGAUAUAUUGGUCACUGUUGAUCCAGCUGAUAUCCACCACAUAUUGAGCUCAAACUUCUCCAGUUACACCAAAGGAGCCGAUUUCAAAGAAGUCUUUUACGCUUUCGGAGAAAUGAUCUUUACUUCUGACGGGGAGCUAUGGAAGAAUCAAAGAAGAGCUGCUCAAUUCAUGCUUAACCAUCAAAGGUUUCAAAAGCUUUCAAUGGGUGCGACAAGAGGUAAACUCGAGGACGCUCUUGUUCCUCUUUUCAACCAUUUCUCAGAGAAGGAGAUGGUCGUCGAUUUGCAAGAUGUGUUUCAGAGAUUCACUUUUGAUACAACUUUUCUUCUUGUAACCGGGUUUGAUCCAAAAUCUCUCUCCAUUGAAAUGCCGGAAGUUGAGUAUGCUAAAGCUCUUGACGAUCUUGGAGAAGGGAUUUUCUAUAGGCACAUUAUACCGAAGUUCUUGUGGAAGCUGCAAAAAUGGAUUGGUAUCGGAACAGAGAAGAGGAUGGCUAAAGCUAAUGCCACUUUUGAUCGCGUUUCUGCGAAAUACAUAUCAGCUAAGAGAAAAGAGGUAAGAUCACAAGGUGUUGAGAGCGAGGAUCUUUUGACAUCUCACAUAAAGCUUGACACAACCAAGUACGAGCUCUUGAAUCCAAGUGAUGAUAAGUACCUAAGAGACACCAUCUUGGCUUUCAAUAUAGCUGGGAGAGACACAAUGGCUUCCGCGCUCUCUUGGUUCUUCUGGCUUUUAUCUGAAAACCCUCGAGUGGUAACCAAGAUUCGCCAAGAGAUCAUCAACAACAAUCUUCCAAGAACCGGAAGGAAAGGCCAUGAGAAUUUAGACAAGCUGACGUAUCUACAAGGCGCUUUGUAUGAAUCAAUGAGGCUCUAUCCACCAGUUCCCUUCCAACGCAAGUCACCUAUAAAACCAGACUUGCUUCCAAGUGGGCAUAAAGUGGAUGCGAACUCAAUGAUCAUCAUCUAUCUUUACGCAUUGGGGAGGAUGAGAACGGUUUGGGGAGAGGACGCAUUGGAGUUUAAGCCAGAGAGAUGGAUUUCACAGAACGGAGGGUUGAGACAUGAGCCUUCUUUCAAGUUCCUAUCGUUUAACGCAGGUCCAAGAACUUGUCCUGGUAAGCAGUUAGCUUUGACUCUAAUGAAGGCAGUGGCCGUGGAGAUAUUACAAAAUUUUGAUAUUAAGGUUAUCAAAGGGCAGAAGAUUGAGCCAGAUCCUGGUCUUAUAUUGUAUAUGAAGCAUGGGCUUAGAGUCACAAUCACUAAGAGAUUUUCAGAUUAG